AUGGCUACCAUGGAGAACGUGAUCGUGCUCGUGAACCGCAUCCAGCGCGCCUGCACCGUCCUCGGCGACCACGGCGGCGGGGAUGUCGCCGCCCUCUGGGAAGCGCUCCCGUCAGUCGCCGUCGUCGGCGGUCAGAGUUCGGGGAAAUCAUCGGUGCUCGAGAGCAUCGUGGGGCGAGAUUUCCUGCCUCGAGGGAUCGUGACUCGUAGGCCACUCGUACUGCAGCUGCACAAGACGGAGGACGGCGUGCAGGAGUACGCCGAGUUCCUGCACAUGCCCAAGCGCCGCUUCACUGAUUUCGCUCUUGUGCGGAAGGAAAUCCAAGAUGAAACUGACAGGUUGACUGGAAAGACAAAGCAAAUAUCUCCAGUUCCAAUUCAUCUCAGCAUAUACUCUCCACAUGUGGUCAACUUAACAUUGAUUGAUCUGCCGGGUCUAACAAAAGUUGCAAGGGGCAGCCUGAAAGCAUUGUUCAGGAUAUCGAAAGCAUGGUGCGCUUCAGAUGUUGAUAAGCCGAAUUGUCUUAUACUGGCUAUAUCUCCUGCCAAUCAAGAUAUAGCAACAUCAGAUGCAAUCAAGCUUGCCCGGAAGUGGAUCCAACUGUUUUAUGGUGAGAGGACAUUUGGUGUGUUGACAAAGCUUGAUCUAAUGGACAAGGGAACAAAUGCACUUGACGUUCUCGAAGGAAGAGCUUACAGACUGCAGCAUCCCUGGGUUGGAAUUGUGAACCGUUCACAAGCAGAUAUCAACAGGAAUGUUGACAUGAUUAUUGCUAGGCGAAAAGAGCAAGAGUUCUUUGAUUCUAGUCCUGAAUAUUCUCAUCUUGCCAGCAGGAUGGGUUCAGAAUAUCUUGCUAAACUUCUUUCACAGCAUCUAGAGGCUGCUAUCAGAUCACGCAUUCCGAGCAUAACCUCUCUGAUAAACAAAACUAUUGAUGAGCUUGAAUCUGAGAUGGAUCACCUUGGUAGACCUAUUGCCUCUGAUGCUGGGGCUCAAUUGUACCUCAUCCUGGAGCUUUGCCGUGCAUUUGACAAAAUAUUUAAAGAACAUCUUGAUGGAGGACGACCUGGUGGUGAUAGAAUUUAUGGGGUCUUUGAUAACCAACUCCCUUCUGCUCUGCGGAAGCUUCCAUUUGAUCGUCACCUCUCCGUGCAAAAUGUGAAGCGGGUUGUAUCACAGGCAGAUGGUUAUCAGCCUCAUUUAAUUGCUCCUGAGCAAGGGUACCGUCGGCUGAUUGAAUCUGCUCUCAAUUAUUUUAGAGGUCCAGCUGAAGCUUCUGUAGAUGCUGUGCAUUCUGUUUUGAAAGAGCUGGUGAGGAUAUCCAUUGGGGAGACUCAGGAGUUGAAACGAUUUCCAACUCUACAAACGGAGCUUGCUGCUGCAUGCUAUAAGGCCCUUGAGAGAUUCCGUGAAGAUGGCAGGAAAACUACUCUACGGCUGGUUGAUAUGGAGUCAGCAUAUUUGACUGUGGAGUUCUUCCGCAAGCUCCCACAGGAAGUUGAUAAGACUGGAACUGGAAAUCCCAGGACUGCAAACCCUCCUGCUCCUUCGGAUGAUCGUUACACUGAUGCACAUUUCAGGAGGAUUGCUUCUAAUGUGUCCUCAUACAUUGGCAUGGUAUCUGAAACGCUGAAGAAUACUAUCCCCAAGUCUGUUGUCCACUGUCAGGUCCGCGAAGCUAAGCGGUCCCUGCUUAAUGAUUUCUAUACUCAAGUGGGUGGGAAAGAUACUAAGCUACUUGCAGUACUCCUUGACGAGGAUCCUGCCCUCAUGGAACGCAGGUUGCAAUGCUUUAAGAGGCUUGAGCUGUACAAGUCUGCUCGGGACGAGAUUGAUUCCAUGUCAUGGACACGAGGAAGGAAGUUAUUUGGGAGCCGUUCGAUAAACAAUACUGGUAUUGCGUCUGAACAUUCUCGGCCUGCUGGACCAGCAAGACCCGUCUGCCAUCUACGAGUAUCUUUUGUUAGCGUUAUUGCUGACAUUUUCCACAUCCGGGAUGGAUGA